AUGCAGUUUCUGGUAAGGAAACGUUGGGAUUACUUGAAGCCCAAGCUUCGCAAACAGUCCGGCAUCAUGAGCCACGGCCUUGAGAUGUACUACCUGUACUUGGACAUCUGCCACUUGAUUAAGACCAAGAUUGUCAAGAAUGCGUUGGCGGCUGAGGGAUGUUUUGCUGACUGGAGAGUCAAUCGCAUGAAGGUUGGUAGGGUGCUGAAGCAUCUGAAAGCCCAAGAAGAUGCUGGCGGCAGCGUGGACGACCUACCGGGAGAGUUCGCUACUGGCCGGUAUGGUGUUGGCUACUUGACGGAGGAGCAAAAGCGGGACAUGUGGGUCCACAUCACCAUGUUUGCCAAGUCCAAUCGGACUUUGACCAUCAGCCAGUGCAAGCAGGCCAUGCUCAAAUUUUACCUCCUCAACGAAGGAAUCCUGACCGAGGAGAAGGCCAAAGAGUGCGGCCAUGACCUCGAUAUGCUGGACUACGACUCCUAUAAAAUUCCCAUGGAGAAGGUGUGGCGCGAUUUCAAAGAGUGGACUCAGCGCAACUACCCAAAGGAGUGGGCUGUGAGAGACCGCCGGUUGUUUGCGCUGCAAGGUGAGCAUGCCGCGCACUGCACACGUGAAGUGGUCUCCUCCUGCUACGACAAACUGUCGGCUCUCCUUGAAGAAUGCGGCCUGGUCAAGGAUGGCAAGAUCACCACGGAUGCGAACACGCGACUGUGGAGCGCCGACGAGAAGGGAUUCGACAGCUCCAGCGACAAGAUCAAGUACAUGCGAGUUGCAGCUCCCACGGCUCUUGGGCGUGCUACUGCGGAUGCUCCCGGAAACAGCUUUGGCCACAUUACCAUUUGUCCUUUUCUGGCAGCGGGUGGGUUGUGCUCGCCACCGUAUGUGGUCAUGACUGGCACAUGCCAUAUGCGGGCCUGGAAAGAAACUUGGUCUGAAGCCAAGGUCAGUGCGACACCUUCAGGCGGGAUGACGGCGCAACUGUGGACGCAAUACGUGCUGCUCUUCAAUGACUGGCUGCGUGCCACGCACGAUGUGAAAACCACAGAGCCUGUGGUGCUCCUCAUUGACUCAGGUGGUGGAUCCCUGAUCCACCUGAGCACGGACUUUACCAUGCUUUGUUGGGCGCGUAACUUGCGGCCAUUUGUGCUGCCGCCAUACGUGACAUCUGCUCUGAUGCCGAACGAUCAGCAGCCGAACUCGCUUGCAGAAAAGCGGUGGCAAAAGGUGCGUGCUGAAGGCCGCGAACUGUCUAGCCUUGCAGCCUUGGACUGCAUCCACGAGGUUUUUGACUACGCCUUCCAGCCCAAGACCAUAGUACAGGGAUGGGCAGCUGUUGGGAUCCGUGUGGGCCAUGCCAUCAACCGGGACGUAGUCUUGGUUGACCGGGGCCAACAGCUCUUCAG